UUUAAUUGUUUUGGUUUUUUUUCUUAAUUAUUUAGUUUCCCAUUUCUAUUGAUGUAGUUGAUUAGAUUCUCAAUUGAUUGUAAAUCAUUUUCUUUCACUAAUUCUAAUGGAGAGAGAUUUUAUUUUCUUCCCUUUGAUGAUUGUUGUUGUUACCAUUUGGUUUUAAUUGUGAUUCUCAUCAACCAAAUGACUCGAUUGAUUAACUUAAUUACUCAAACCAACUCUAUUAUCAGGAGAUCAUCAACAUCCAUUGGUGGAAAAACAAUGGCGAAAAUCAUCAGCGGCAAAGAAGUUUCAGGUCAAAUUCAGGCCAAAUUGCGUGAAGAAGUCGGUAAAUUGUCGGUCAAACCUCAACUGGCCAUUAUCCAGGUCGGAUCUCGAGACGAUUCCAAUGUCUACAUUAAGAAUAAGAUCAAAUUUGCCGAAGAGGCCGGUGUCCUUGCCACUCACCAUAAAUUACCCAAAUCAACAACCCAAGAACAACUGAUUGAUAAAUUGCAUAAUCUAAAUCAAGAUUCAAGUGUUCAUGGUAUAAUUGUACAACUACCAUUGGAAAGUGACAGUCCAAUCAAUACUGAUCAAAUUACUAAUUUAAUUGACCCAGAAAAGGACGUUGAUGGUCUUUCAGAUAUCAAUGCUGGUAAAUUGAUGCAUGGCCAAGUCAAUGGGAUGAAUAGCUAUGUACCCUGUACACCAUUUGGUUGUUUAGAGUUAAUUAAACAAAGUGGUGUUCAAAUUGCUGGUUCUCAUGCAGUUGUAUUGGGUCGUAGUAAAAUCGUCGGUUCACCAAUGGCCCAACUAUUGGUCUGGAACAAUGCUACGGUCACUAUUGUCCACUCAAGGAGUAAAAAUAUUCCAGAAACGGUUCGAAAUGCCGACAUUGUUGUGGCCGCGGUUGGUCAACCUUUUUUCGUGAAAAAAGAUUGGCUUAAACCAGGCGCUGUUGUAAUUGAUUGUGGAAUCACAUCUAUUCCUGAUUCAACUCGUAAAUCAGGCUACCGAUUAGUUGGAGAUGUUGAUUAUGAUCAAUGCAAAGAAGUGGCCUCAGCUAUUACCCCAGUUCCUGGAGGAGUUGGACCAAUGACCGUUGCCAUGUUAAUCUACAAUACUGUUGAUGCCGCUAAAAAGAGCUUGGCCAAAUCAAGAAAAUAAUUCAAUCAAAUUGAAAGGAGCAACUUUUUUGCAAUCAACCCAAUUACGAUUCAACGAUUUUAAUUUUAAACUUUAUAUAUCAAUUAGUACGAUUUUAAACCUAAUAUACCACAAGAAAAUAAUUUAAAUACAAUUGAUUGUUUUAUAUUUUGUUUUAA